AGAUCUGUUACUAAAAAUAACUAGUUGUUACUUCCGGUGUUACUUCCAUUGUGAGCAGGGUAACGUUUUAUUUUCAUCAGCCCAAGAAAGGUGCCAAACAUGCCCCGUGGAGGAGGAGGCAUGCGUGGAGGAGGCAUACGUGGCGGAGGGGGUGGAAUGAGGAGCGGCGGGCCAGCCGUUAGCCGCCCACAGCCACCCCCACCCCCACCCCGCAGCAACCAGCCGUCGUACUCCACGACACCCAAACCACCGGCCUCCCCGCCCCACAAGGGAGGAGGCGGGGCGUUCUCUGGCAUUGGGGGCGCCAUAGCCGGCUCCUUCAUAGGAUCAGCUCUGGGUUCUGUGCUCGGGAAUGCCAUCUCCUCCCGGAUGUACGAGGGGAGAAACCCGGAGACGGGAGAGAGACUCGACCCGAACAAGCCGGACAACAACCCAUGUAGCAAGGAGCUGGACUAUUUCCUUACCUGCGCCAGCUUAAUGGGUAUAGGCCUAUUUCUUGCGGCAAAGGCCGUUCCUUGGUGCAAAGGUCGAAUCCCAUUUGAUAUGCGGAAGAUCCAUCAUAUUGCAAAGGACCAUCAGAAGCAUUAAAAAAAUGUGCAGAGAGACAUAAGGAUUACUUCAACACCCCGUAAGACUGCCUCCUACUUUCUGCUGAAGGCUGUUGGAAAUAAACAUACCUGAACAGAG